GACGCCAACUCAAACCCCCUCGAAAACCUCCUCCUCCCCUCCCACCCCUCUUCCCCGCUCGCCGCCGAAACCCUAACCCUAGCCGCCGCCGCGCCACCCGGCUGCGCCGCCCGUCGCUGCCGGCAGCCAUGUCGAAUCCGAAGGGAUCGAAGAUGCUCCAGUUCGUCAACUACCGGAUGCGCGUGACGAUCCAGGAUGGGCGCCAGCUGGUGGGCAAGUUCAUGGCGUUCGACCGGCACAUGAACCUCGUCCUCGGGGACUGCGAGGAGUUCCGCAAGCUGCCGCCGUCAAAGUCCUCCAAGACCACCGGCGAGCGCGAGGAGCGGAGGACGCUCGGCCUGCUGCUGCUCCGCGGCGAGGAGGUCGUCUCCAUGACCGUCGAGGGCCCGCCCCCGCCCGACGAGUCCCGCGCCAAGGCCGCCGGCGCCGGCGCCGCGCUCGCGGGGCCCGGGGUGGGGCGCGCCGCCGGCCGCGGUGUCCCCGCGGGGCAGAUGCUCCAGGCCCAGCCCGGGCUCGCUGGCCCUGUGCGGGGCGUUGGCGGCCCGGCCCCUGGCAUGAUGCAGCCGCAGAUCUCGCGGCCGCCGGUGCCGAACCUCUCGGCGCCGCCGGUUGCGUACCCGCAGGUGGUGCGCCCGCCGCCGGGGCAGAUGCCGCCGCCCAUGCGGCCGCCACAGAUGCCGAUACCGUUCCAGCGCCCACCGGGGGCUCCGCCUGCGUUCCCCGGCGGCCCUCCGCCGCCACCUGGCCCGUUCAUGAGGGGACCACCGCCGAUGGGCCCUCCGCAGGUAAGGCCUGGGAUGCCUGGGGGACCACCGCCAGGAAUGAGGCCAGGGAUGCCGCCACCGCCCUUCAGGCCUGGGAUGCCACCACCGCCCCCUGGUCCGCAGCAGCCUGGACAGAAUCCUCCACAAUAGCUUUGCUGGUUAGGGUUAUUGCUAUACCACCUAUCGAAGAUUCGCCGGUGCCACCUUUGCUUCACUAUUCUGUCUCAUAUUGGGGUUACGAGUAGUUUCCUUGUGGUAUCAUCUUGGAGAAGAGAGAGAAAUCCUUAUCAGUGGAGCACUCUUGUUUCUGUGUGAGGGGACUGUACCUAGUUGUUAAGUUAGGGACUUGGAUAGCCUGUUUCAUCGUGUGUCCUGAUAGCUGUUGUACUCGACUACUCGUCUUGUGUUUUUUGAUAUCCAGCAUAAUUAACUUGAGCUCGUCAA